CUUUCAACACUACUAUAUAACAAAUAAUUUGAGGAAUCAUGAUUGAACUUGCGCAAGUCGGGACCAUCUUAGGGAUUACUACCCUUGUGGGCGCGCUUGUUGCCCAGGUUCCCCAAAUCAUCGCUAUCAUCAAAUCCAAAAAUGUUGAUGGUCUCAGUUUCAAUGGGUUCUCAAUUGAAAUAUUCUCGCUAACAAUUCAAGUGCUUUACUUCGUAGUCCAAGAGUACGACCUUCUGGCUUAUUCUGACAUCUCUAUUCUCCUUGUCCAAGAUUACGUUAUUGUUAUCCUGAUGUUGCUGUACGGAAAAGAAGCUCUAGGAGCCAGAGAAUACGGAAACAUCAUCGGGUACUUGGUGGCUGUCGCUUCGGUUGUUGUGGGGACAGUGACUAAAGACAUGAUAGUCAUGGUCAUGCAAGGAGUGGUUCUGCUGAACUUGGCUAGUAAGAUGACAUUUAUCUCUAGUAUCCUCUCUACUAAAGACACCUCUGCCAUGGAGCCCGCUGCUUGGAUCAUAUUCGUUUACAGUAACAUCGUGCGAGUGUUUGUUGGAUACCUUUUACUUGGUGAUAUGACUAUUGUGGGACAACACGCAGUCAACGGAGCCUUCAACCUGGCUAUUACUCUCCUCAUAUUCAAGUACAGGGGAGGUAAUAAGGAAGAGGAGGAGAAGAAGGAGGAGUAAAGAAGAGGGAGAUUCUAGUGAGGUUGAGAGAAAAAAAAAGUGGAAAUCUUGUCAGUAAAUGAGGGAGACGUGCGGAGGAAAGGAAUGGUAUGAUAGGGGUUGUAGUAUUUGGACUUGAUGUUUUUACUUUGUAAUUAAUUUGGGUCUGGUAUAUAUGAUUUUUAGGUUUUAUUGAUUAGGUAUGGUUAGCGAAUCGUUAUUCGUAUAAGUUUUGUAUAUACAUCUUGGGCGUCGGUUAUAUUGUUACUCAACCGUAUAUUUAACCACCGGGAAUGUUACACAUUGCUAACUGGUUUAUUGUAAUAUUGUCACUUAUCUCUACAUCUUACUUUACAGUGUAGCAUGAGAAAGUUUUUCUUCUUACGAAAGAUAAACUGAUCUAUUGAUCUAUUUUGUAUAAAAGUAUUCUUAUCAAUCACAUUACUCCGAUUUCAUUUUAA